UACAUACGGUAUUCAGGUCGUGUUUGGUUUCUGUUUUUGACAUAAAAAAGAAAACCAGCGAAAAGACUUUUGUUGCUUCUUUUCUUUCUGUUUCGAAAAAUUCCAAGUAUCCAAUCCACGAAAUAUUCAACUCAGUUAAGAUCAGAAGAACAACACCAGCGAAAAUGGUUUGUGUAUUUUGUUUAAUACCACUUUUUCUCAUUCCAAUCGUUAACCUCUUACCAAUACUAUUUGAUGUUUUGAUGGCAAGAAUUUAUAGGCUUUUAGGUUGGGAAUACAGGAAACCAGAAAGAGUUCCACCUGCUUGUCCUUACAAGCCUUCAGCAGCACAGAAAGAUGCGAUAGUAGGGGAGGACGUAAAGCUCAUGCACGAAAAAAUGGGAGUAGCCACUGAUAUCCCAGCAACAGCGCCGCCGGUGGAUAGUGGCAAACAAGACUGAAAGUGAAACUAAACUUGGUAAUUUAUAUUUUUAUCACUGUAUUCUUGUAAUAUCUCUGUUUAGUGUUUGGGGUUGAUCUAAGAAACUAAGGGUUGUGCUGUUAACAAAGCUUAGAAAAAUAAACUUAUUUCCAACUAUUAUUGUCAAAGAUGUUUGGUUUCUCUUUCCUACACCUUUAGUGUCAUGUAAUAUCUAAUAAUACUUUUCACAAACCCAUGUUGAUUCAUGUAAUUAGUGAAGCUCUUACAUUGAUCGUGCCUAAAAAA